GUUCUCGCAGUUCCCGGACUCUGCGCAGCCGCCUGUCUGCUACGCAGCGGCAGCGACCCGCCAAGACUUUCAGCUGUGGCCGGCCCGGCUGGGAGCUAAGCUUCCUGGACAUCCGCCGACGAACAUUCGAACACAAUUAACGGACUUUAGCGUUAAUUUCAAUGGAAGCGGGCGGUUUUGUGUCCCGGCGAACCUCCAUGGACACGCCGGGCGUUGACAGCCGGGUCACAGGCGCUGCCGCCGGUGCAGAGUUCCGAUGGUUAGGAGGCAGGCUCCUGGACGCCACGGGGGGCUUCGUCGGGUCUCUUCCACCCAGAAUGGCAGGGGAACAGGACUUUACCCCGGUGUUGCAUCGGGCAAAUGCGGAGACCUCGACCUCUAUCGAGACAGAAAUGGACUAUGAGGGACUACCUCGAGGAGCAGCAACCAGCACUCACAUGCUGGCUGGAGCCGUGGCUGGAAUCAUGGAGCACUGCCUUAUGUACCCCAUCGACUGUGUGAAGACUCGUAUGCAGAGCCUGCACCCUGAACCAGGAGCCCGCUACAGGAACGUGAUGGACGCCCUGCAGCAGAUCGUGCGGACUGAGGGCAUUUGGCGGCCGAUCAGAGGGGUGAAUGUGCUGGCGGUGGGGGCUGGACCUGCUCACGCUCUCUAUUUCGCCUGCUACGAGAAGAUCAAAUUCACACUGAGCGACGCCAUUCACCCCGGGACCAACAGCCACUUUGCUAAUGGGGUGGCAGGCUGCAUGGCCACGGUGCUGCAUGACGCCAUCAUGAACCCAGCUGAAGUUGUGAAGCAGCGAAUGCAAAUGUUCAACUCUCCCUAUCGAGGCGUGUUGGACUGUGUUGGGUCCAUGAUGAGACGCGAGGGCCUCGCUGCUUUCUACCGCAGUUACACCACCCAGCUGACCAUGAACGUGCCCUUCCAGGCGCUGCACUUCAUGACCUACGAGUACCUCCAGGAGCUGCUCAACCCCCACAGACAGUACAACCCUUCCUCUCACGUUGUGUCCGGGGCGCUCGCUGGAGCCCUGGCGGCCGCUGUCACCACACCCCUUGAUGUCUGCAAGACCCUCCUCAACACACAGGAGGCUCAGGCUAUACAUGUGGUCCAGACUGAGAUGGCAGCAACAGCUGGCGCGGUUGGAGCAGCCGCUGCCUCGCCCCCUGCCAGGCGCCACAUCUCUGGGCUGGGCAAGGCGUGUCAGACAGUUUACAGGAUGGGAGGCGUGCCGGCCUUCUUCAAGGGGGUCCAGGCCCGGGUCAUCUACCAGAUGCCCUCCACAGCCAUCAGCUGGUCCGUCUAUGAGUUCUUCAAAUAUAUCAUCACCAAGCGGCAGCAUGAGAGAAGACUGCGAGGAGAUCGUGAAGGAGACAAAUAGACGCUGGUACUGGUUCUGGGUCUCAACUAUACAACGGUUUAUCAUAUCGAUUGCUGGUAUUGACAGAAGUUUAGGUUCUUUAAACAGAAAGUCAUGUAUUAUCUUGGUCACUAAGAUCAUUUAAGUCUAAUGUGGUUUUGAGCAGGUGAUGCCAUGCACAGACAACAUGGCUGCUCUGGGUUUAUAGAUGUCCUUUAAAACCAGUCCUGACAGACUGACAGGAAGCGCAGAGUUCCUGAGCAGGAUCAGAUAAAGCUGUGUUCUAUUGCUGUCAGUACAAGUCCUUGUCCUGGCCUUCAAACUGCACUCAUAGUAAGAGUUAGCUCCAUGUAAGUUCUUAGCACUGAUGCGUUUGGUUUUGAUGCUGGACUCCAGCAGUUAAUUGAAAAAAGAAAUGAGCUCCUCCUGAGUUUCAAAAUUUUCUAUCCUAAAGGAUAUAAAACGGCUAAAAGCCUCAUUGUAACGAACCAAGGGUUGAGUGCAAAACAAAAACAGCCGUUCAAAUCCUGUAGAACCGCAGUGAAAACAGGUUCAGACCUUCCUAACUGCACAUGUUGCACUUCUAAAGCAUUAAAACACAUGACCAUGUGCCAGGAAGCAGCUUCGCCACCAUCGCCGUGAGUGAGUCUUUUAAGAUUAAAGAACAUUUGCCACUAGUUUCUGACAGUUUCAGUGCAGAACUGGAGGUUACAGGAUUUACAACAUCCAAUUAUUUACAUGCUCGUGCUGAGGUGAAGCAUCGCCCUUAAAUACUGAGUUAAACAAAAAUAAAAUAACAGUCUCACAUGUCUGUGCAGCUGUAAGACGCUGAUCCAGUCUCAUGCGCUGUCCACUGGUUGUAACUGUGAGGCUUAAGGGUUUUAUUGGAAUAACAGGAAGCUUUAAUUUGUCCUUUAACUCCAGGUGCAGGUCAUGUCGUGCUUGGAGCCUUAGGCCUGAGUGGCUCCUAGCCUGGCGCUGCUAACCCUUAAACACGGGGAUGCUGCUGCAUCCUACACUCACACUCGUUUUAUACCGGUGGUUAGUGAAGGUAACGUGUUUAUUGCAGACUCAACAAAGGACUCACCUUUUGACAAUCACUGUAAAAACGUUACUUUAAACCUCUUUACCGUUGUUAGGUCAAAAGCCACAUUCACAAGGGGGGAGAUGCUACUUCUACACAUGCCUUCAGUUAGCCGCCAUAUUUCAGACGCACAACUACUACCAAGGCAUCCUCAAACACAAAGGAAAUGUAGUGUUUUGGAGCCAUAAAGCAGGAAAACGUUGUAUAUAAUAUAUGUAAAUAGACAAAUAUAAACCUCAAGUCUCUUUGGAAUCGUACAAAAUGUAAAGGUUUUCUGCAAACAGCCCUGUUCAAGGCAGGUUUUCUAGAAUACGCACAACUUCUCGUCUGAAUGGUCACAAAAGGAAAACCUGGGUUGUCUUCAGUCCGAGGUGGAAAUGAUUGUAUACGAGUUCCUCCGGUGAGAAGCCAAAGAGAGCAAUAGGAGAACAAAGGAGGGAGCGGUUUGUCACAUGGCAACACUAAUGUGAAAAUGCUUGAACACUGAGGCGACGCCUGUAUUGUGUGAAGUGUAAAUAAAGUCGCUAAGGCAGCUCCUCGCAGAAGCAGGGUCUUCUCUUGGUGCUGGACGAGCGCUGAGAGAACA